AAAAGCACAACAUUAGAUCGGCAGAAAUUGCGUACGCUUGCGCCCUUGACAUGCUGCUGUCUCGCUAUUUUAAAACAGCUGCACUUGAAAGCGUUAGCCGCUGGCUUGUCAACCAAGACGACUCGGAUAGCAUGAAUUCUUAAUAUAUAAAUUCUCACAGUAGCCUUCGUGGAGUCUAAUAAUAUGUAAGGAUAUCGGCUGGCCGUGAGCACCGUCCACGUCAUGUGUAGCGCGAGCCAAAUCACUUGAAGUUCGCUGUACAUUUCGGUUUUUUAUUCGGCUUACGGAGACUCUGCUCUUGAUAGCUGACAGUUUUUGAGAUGAUCAAUUUCUGCAAUGGCGAGGGGUCUGUUUUCACGGGCCUGGCUGUCAAAGACUUACCACUUUCAGGCUCGCCUGUCCUAUAUUCGAGUAAAGUAUCUCUUUCUCACAUGGCUUGCUGUGUUUGUGGGCAGUUGGGUUGUGUAUGUGCAGUACUCAACUUACACUGAGCUGUGCAGAGGACGCGAAUGCAAGAGCAUCAUUUGUGAAAGAUACAGCAAAGGUGUUAUUGAUGGCUCUGCCUGUAGCAGCCUCUGUGAAGAAAGCUCACUGUAUUUUGGAAGGUGCCUCUCCACCAAACCAAACAAUCAGGUCUAUACAGGCAGCUGGGGUGAUCAUGACGGUGUCAUCAAGUGUCAACUGAGUGACAUCCUGCACUAUGAGCUGGGAGAGGAGUUGGAGCCAAAAAAAGAGGUUGCACUCUUUGACAAACCCACUCGAGGAACCUCUGUUGAGAAGUUCAAAGAGAUGGUUGCCAGUCAUUUGAAGGCAAAAGUUGGAGAGCAAGCCAACCUCUCCAGUUUGGUAAGCAUGAUUCUUUCAGUGGCAGACAGCAAUAAAGACGGCCACAUCUCUCUGCCAGAAGCCAAGUCCACAUGGGCUUUGCUGCAACUCAACGAGGUUCUGCUAGUAGUGGUGCUCCAGGACCGAGACCACACACCUAGACUGUUGGGCUUCUGCGGGGACCUGUACGUGGUGGAGCGGGUGCCUCACACUCCCCUGUACGGGCUCAGCCUGCCGUGGCCCAUGGAACUUUGGAUUCCUACGGGCAUGCGGCGAAACAUGGACCAGUGGUUCACGCCUUCCUGGCCACGCAAGGCUAAAAUCUUUAUCGGCUUGCUGGAGCUUAUAGAAGACAUCUUCCAUGGUACCUUUGGGAGCUUCUUAAUGUGCGACAUGAGAGCCAGUACUUUUGGUUACACCGAUCGCCAUGACCUCAGGCUGGUGGACGGGCGGCGCGUAGUAGCUGAGGAGGCCUUCAAACAGGCCAUGAUCCUUCAGCAUUGCGAGGACGACGGGGACUGCGUCUAUGGUGUGGACUGUAGGACUUUGUGCGACCGCGCAGAACACCGCUGCACGGCUGAGGUGGCUCAGCCCAACCUGGCCAGGGCUUGCGGAGCACUGAAGGAUUACCUCCUACGAGGAGCUCCGGUCCAUCUACAGGAAGAGCUGGAGAAGCAGCUGUACGCCUGCAUGGCUCUCAAAGGUUCAGCCGAGCAGAUGGAAAUGGAGCACUCGCUCGUUCUCAAUAACCUCAAGACACUGCUAUGGAAACAGAUCUCACACACCAAUGACUCCUGAAGAGAAAUGAAGACUCACUGGUGACAACAUUCAGAUUCUUGAAUGUCUUCUGAAGCACUUCAGGCCAUUGUGAAUCUGGCUGGCGAUUAAAAUGCUGGUAGCAACGUGGCUGGAAAAUAGACUGAUGGCAAUAUUCAUUGCUGCCUUGAUACGGUUUAAGUUUUUUUAUGACGAAGGUAGAAUUAAAACCAUGAGGAGGAGGACUUAAGGAGUAAUGUUCACUUCUUAGUUUCGUGUUUUUUUUUUGUUUUCACACACAAUUGAUCAGUUGUCAUGUUUAUUUUACACUUCCUUCAGAUGUUAUGAAGGAGCAAAUGACCCUUAAUUUUGCAUCCAUUGUUGGAUGUUAACAUAGAAAGCUAAGGAAUGCACUAGCCACUGACUGUGGUUGUGUAAGUCUCCUAUUGUAAUGUUUGUCACAAGAGCACAGCAAAAAGAGCCAUAAAAGAAAUGAUUUUGAAAAUGGACAUAAUCAAAUGCCUUGAUAUGCAUGUUGCCAGUGAGUGUGCGUUUUUUAGUUUGAUUAUUGUGGGUGAAAAUACCUCAUUCCUUUUACUUGGACAAUUCUUGGAAAUGGUCAGACUAUGAUCUGAAGGUAACAGAUUGCAAUAAGG